UUCCCUCCCCAAUCAGGACGCGGCCAGGAUGGGAGCCGAGGGAGAGCCUGGGUUUUUCCUCAUAUUUCGGCCUUUUAUAUUCCGGCAGCAGUGAGGGAAUGUGAAGGUGAUAUCGCCAGGACGUCCAAGACACCCUUGAGCUUGAAUGUACGCCGAGUUUGCGCAUUUUCAAAUGAGAUAAUUGAACAAAAAUAGAGAGACAGAUGAUGCUGGCGGAGCAGUCGCAGACAUGGUUCCCUACCCAUGUCCAAGUGACUGUCAUGCAAGCCCGGGAUCUCAACCCCAAAGGCAAAAGCGGCACCAAUGACACGUACACCAUCAUCCAACUGGGCAAGGAGAAAUAUUCGACCUCCGUGGCGGAGAAAACCUUGUGCCCAAUAUGGAAGGAGGAAGUGUCCUUCGAGUUUCCUGGGCUUCUGCUGCAGGGAACCCCGGAGAAAUACAUCCUCCACCUGAUUGUCAUGCACCGUUCACUGGUUGGGCUGGAUAAAUUCCUGGGUCAGGUAGCCAUUUGCCUCAAUGAACUUUUUGAAAACAAAUCGAGGAGACAAAAAGAGUGGUUCAAGUUAGAGUCUAAACCAGGAAAGAAGUCAAAAGAAAGAGGCGCAAUUCAGGUUUCCAUCCAGUUCAUGCGAAACAAUAUGACUGCAAGUAUGUUUGAUCUUUCCAUGAAGGAUAAAACGAGAUCCCCCUUUGCCAAACUGAAAGACAAAAUGAAGGGAAGGAAAAAAGAUGCCACUUUUUCUGACCAUUCGUCUGCAAUCAUUCCAAGUACAACAUCUACUAACCCUGAUCAAGAAGCAUUGGAGAUAGAUAAUCAACUCAAAUCAAAGCCAAAAAGAGCCUUCCUCUUGGGACCACAAAGGCUAUCAUCUGCCCAGUCAAUGUCAGAUUUACCUGGUCCCCGUCCAUCACUGGGAAAAAUUAAAUCCAAUACCAUAGGUCAUGUUGUCUACAAACCUCCUUCAGAUUCUGUUCACUCCAGUGAAGAAAGGGGAAAUGACUCAUUGGCAAAAUCACCUCACAGGAGAUCACAAAGCAUGGACACCUCCAAGGUGAACCAGUUUGACCUAAUAUCUGUCACAAAGAAUGGGAAUAAUGCAACAAAGUCACCAGCGGAUCCAUUUUCAAAGCAAGGGGUGUAUGUAACACAAAAGGCUGCAACACUGCCAAGAAGCAGAAAUCCAUUUGACAACAGCAAUGACUCAUGGCAGAUCAGAGACACAAGUUUAGAAACCACAGCAAAUUACAGACAUCCAGAAAUUAAAAGAGAGACCAAGAGAGACAAAGAGAAGGAAAAAAUUAGCCUUUUUGCACGUGUGACCGGCAAGAAAGAUGUCAAAAAGUCAGAAAAGGCUGCCAACAUGAAGGCGGAUGGUUUUAGUGAUGCAAAACCAGUAAACCCAUUUUCUGGAAACUUUCACAGCAGUUUUGAAUUUGAUUCCAAAAAUCCAUUUGUCACAAACUAUAACACAGUUGAUAUGUCCUGCCAAGGAUGCUUUGCAGUUUUGGAAGUCUGUUUUGACUACAAGUGUGUUCCUCCUGGUUUAGAUGAAACGAUUUUCCUCCUAAUCGUUGCUGGGUUAGAACUCUGUUUAACGAAGCCCAUAAAUUCUGAAGAUAUGAAGGUGACAGAAUCCACUCUCAGACACAAAUAUCUAGCGAGUGACCAACAUUCAAGUAACACGUUCAAGCAACAUCACUUUGAAUACUAUGAAGACAAAACUAGAGAUCCUGGUCUACUUGCCACUGGAUAUCGUAACUUAUCAUAUGAUGAACUGAUCUAUGAACUUGUGAAGCACAAAGAACUUGUUAAGAGAAAGGAUGGUCAAAUCCGGGAGCUUGAGGACUACAUUGAUAACCUUCUAGUGCGAGUAAUGGAAGAAACUCCCAGCAUUCUUAGAGUACCAUACGAACCAUCUAGAAAAGCUGGAAAGCUAUCAAAAAACAAUUGACCUAAUUAACAUUUUGUAAUUGACAAAAUAUAGUUAGUACCUGUUGCAAAAUGGAUGGCAACUCUGAAGACCUUUAUAGUCCACAAAUUAGUAAAGUAGUUUACAGAACUGAAAUAGUGUAAAACUUUCCACAGUGAGUAUUGAGUAAUUGUUGCCAAGCAAAGUAGAAUCAAUAUAUCUUAAGUCUCUCUCUUAGCAAUAUGGCUAACAUUCAAGUAUGAACUUAAAUUAAAAUGUCAAUUUGUUUUAAACAAAUUGUGCAGAUUAGCACAUAUAUAGUGACUUCACUGGUAGAUUGACUAUGGGGGGAGCCCUCUCUCUCUGAAUGACUCUCGCCUGUUGACCUUGCAUAUUUAUUUUUGUAUUAUCUUUACAGAUAGGAUGUAGCAACAAUAGAAUGAAAUAGCAAUCUAAAAUGAAUAUAGCUUUGCUGUAAUUAUAGUUAUCGUUUAAAUAGUUACAGUACUGUUUGCAUACCUUUGGGAAGGAUCCAACAUUUAUUUGGGGAGUUUCCACAGUAUAGUGUUGUGUUUUGUAUUUAUAUUGUGGAAGUCAUUAAUACACUUGAAUAUAUUGAAGCAAAAUGUCAGUAUACUCUGCGAUGCCAAAACUGAUCACUUUAUACUUGCUUAUUACUUGAUUAUCUGUUAUGUUUAUGUACUUUGGGGAAGGGUCUGACAUAUUUAUUGGGGAGGAAUUCACACAGUAAAUUUAGUGGUGCGUUUUCUAUUAUAAUGCAGCAGGCAUUCAUAUGCUUUAGUUGAAUACGUUUGAACAAGAUGUAGGUAUGCUCUGUGUUGCCAAAACUGAUCACUUUAUUCUUGCCUGUUACUUGAUUACCUGAUGUAUUUGAAUCUUCCAGUACUUCCAGAACACUGGGCUCUCUUUCUGGAGCUCAUUUUACACCUGUACUUACACAAAAUAUAAUUUACCUAAUAUUGCAAUACAUUAGAAAAUGCAAUGUUUUCCAUUCUCAUUUUCUCUGCAUUUCAUCCUGUUUAGGGGGCAAAUGUAUAGCAGAAAUACACUGGGCAUCUUUUUUUCAGAACAAACUGAUGAUAUUUAUUUAUGUUUGUUGAAACAUUAGUUAUGUCACCUGAGGCUGUGGUUUUACUGGCGCUUUUGCAUUUAGGAGAAGUUGGUGACUGUUGAUUCAAAAUGGCACCAUAACUUAAAACACCAGAGAGCCAGAGGGUGUAACCCCUCCCAACCACACCCAUCUUGUACUGGAUUUGGUUGAGAGUGCAGUAUAACUCCAACCUGAGAUGUUUCAUCUUUUUGAAAUGGUACUUGAGAUUUUAUAGAACCAGCCUCCAGUGGUGAAUUGUUCAUAUAGUCUUAAAAUAAAAAUGUCAAGUUUUCUGUCAUUUAAAAAGCAGCUGGUCCGAAGAAUGAUAGUUCUCACAAAUUUGAUGCUAAGUUAAAUACAUUUUUGUAAAGACAUUCUUUGCUAGUUGUUCAGAAUAAAAGUUGUGCAUUUUAUGCCAAACAAUACUAAGGUUUCUUGUGCAUUUUAAAUUGAACUAUAACUGCCACAUUACUGAAUAGCCUUUAACAGCUGAUUGUAGUCUUUAAUGCAUCAUAAUCCAGAAGUAUUAAUUUACCUUUAUAUUCAGUUGACUGUCACAUUUAUGAUAGUUAUUCAAAACAGAUUAUUUAAUGCUAGACAUUUAAUGGACAUAGUCUAUGGUUGCAAAUUACUGUCAUUUAGACCUGUGAGCAUCUUAAGGUACAUGAAGUGUAGCCGUACAGCAGGUAGCCAUUUCUUGUUUUUGUCCAGAAUCACUCAUCGAAAGCGUGUUGAUAUCAAAGUUUUUAAGCUGAAGGUAAAAGCUACUUUAGUCAUUCAGGGUUAAUUACCUGGCUGCAAUAAAACAAUACAGACCUCCAACCCUGAGGAGUACUCUUAACUGGGUAAAGUUGCUUGUUUUGAAAAUUUGACACAUACCAUUAAAAUUAUUUAAAUGUUUUAAGUGCCCACAGAAUCUAUUUAAAUGCUCUAUACCAGUAUUGCCUUUGCACUUUUGAAAAUGAAAUUUGCAACAAAAGGUUUAAAUUACUUAAAUUUUGUGCACUUGGUCUUCUUUUAAUGUUUCAUAAAAACAUAAUGCCAGCUUUUGUAAAUUAACUUUUGUUAUUCUUUACACUAUUAAAGAUACUUGCUGGA